GGAUUUGCGCCUUCCUCUCGUCUCCGAUAAACCCUAGACAGCUGAAGCGGCAGCACCUGGCGCGCGCCGACGAGCUGGAGAGGAUGGACGACAGCGGGUGCGACACGGAGGAGGCCAAGAUCGCCUUCCGGGCGUUCAAGAAGGAGGAUGUCCACUGGUACCGCAAGCUCGCCGAGGGCUGGCCGGAGCAUAUAGUCAUCAACCGCAACCCGCAGCUCAGCGACACAGAGGAAGAGUACCUGACUGCCGAGGACAUGGAAGCGCGCUUCACUCAUCAUAACCCCACUCAUGGAGCACAGCUAAAACACUUUGCCUGCCUUGCUUUGGCACAUUACAAUGCCAGAAAGACUGAGCACAAGUUUGACCUUGCGGAAGCCUUGACAUCUAACUGCUUUUCUGAGGCGUGUGGGACGACAUAUGGUCAUGUCAACUUCACCGCCAUUCCCCAGAAGACUAAUGACCCUACGAAGAGGUUGUUUUUCGCUGAGCUCAUGCUCAUUCCAGAGCUCCAGAUGGAGGAGGAUACCGAGCCUAUGCGUGUGCUGCAUGUCUCAACUAUUGAUGAUGUUCCCUGUUAUGGUGGAUGCCAUGAAAUACGUCGGAAGAUCAAUCACAGGAUGAGGGGCGUCAUCGACUACGAGCGAUGCCACGCGUGUCACGACAGUCUGAAGCAUCCGAAAGGAGACAUGUUCAUUGGAGGGCAUAAUAGCACGAGGAUGCCCUACUACUCUGCAACCUAAAAUGUGAAGUGGUACCAGCUUAUAGAGGGUUAACACUACCAUCAAGUGUGAUGUUUGCAUGACUAAAGUGUAGAUGUUUAAUAUUAUUGUUAUAUGUGGUGUGAUGGUGUAAAUUA